UUCAGUCCGGUCUGAUCAGUGCAACAGCCGGCAGGACUAACCGGAGCAGCAAUCACGGUUCAGCUCUGAUUUACCUGCGGAUGAAUCAUUUACAACAAAGUGAACCGGGUGCAAGCGAGCAUUCACCUGCAGGACUAUAGGAAGCAAACCAGAAGCUCUACCAAAUUAUUUAAAAGACGGACUUUACCUGCAGGAUUUAAACGCCUCAUUUAAUCUGAAUUGGAAUGACUGAGCACCUUGGAGAACCGCGGAAGUUGAAAUAUCCCUAAAGGCGGAUGCAUAUGAUUUUUCAAACAGUUUUAACGCCAUUUUUUGCGUUUUUAAACCUAUUUUGAAACACUUGAAGGUUGGACAAAUGACACUGGUGCUUAGCCUACAGAAAACGUGAGCAUGUAACGUUAAUUUGAAAGUUUACUACAAUAUUUAACGGCGGAUUUAAAUCCUGAGAUUGGCAUAUUUUUUUUGCCAAACUUUUAAACUUUUAUCUUCAGAUUUCCGUCAGCAGUCUUCCCUUAAAGACUGCCGUGAAGAAGAGAUCUACACAACGACUGAAAAUUAACGGGAUAAAUAAUUCAGCCGCGGUGGAAGUGGAUGACCUGCUGCGAGAGGAUGGCUUGUUGGAAAGAUGGCACCACUCUCCUGCUGGUUCUGCUCCUGCUCGUCCUGCGUCCGGUCAGCGGUCGGUUGCCUCGGCACCGGAGCUUAAGGAAAGCUCGAGGGCAUCAUGAACACCGGCCGCAACAAAACAUCACACUGGCUGUCAUCUUACCGCAGAGCAACACAGAUUAUCCUUGGGCUUGGCCUCGCAUCGGCCCCGCCUUGGAGAGGGCCGUCAGGAACGUCAACGCCGACCCCACCCUGCUCCCUGACCACCAACUCGUCUACGCCUUCAAAAACAGCGAGAACAAAAACGGCAUCUGCUCCGAGUCCAUCGCCCCGCUCAUGGCCGUGGACCUGAAAUUCGCCUACGACCCCUGGGCGUUCAUCGGACCCGGCUGCUCCUACACCGCCUCCCCCGUCGGCCUCUUCACCACCCACUGGGAUGUUCCCAUGGUGACGGCAGGCGCCCCGGCUGUGGCCUUUUACGGCGGUGUCUACCCGUCCAUCACCAACACAGGCCCCACCCACAAGAAGCUCGGGAAGUUCGCCCUGCGAAUCUGCGAGCACUUUGGGUGGCGGGAGCACGUGAUGCUCAUGUUCAACGACAACAAGGAGGAUGAUCGGCCGUGUUACUUUGCAGUGGAGGGUUUGUUCACGGAGCUGAAGAGCAUCAACAUUUCCCUCGUCGACAGAGUGUUUGAAGAGAACAAGCCGCCCAUCAACUACUCCCAAAUCCUCUCCGACGUCCAGAACGACGGCCGAGUGAUGUUUGUGUGCUGCUCGCCUGAUGUCUUCAGGAAGCUGAUGGUUGAGUUUCGGCGUGCAGAUCUUCCCCAUGAGCAGUACGUCUUCUUCUACAUCGACGUGUUCGGAGACAGCCUGAACUCCAAACAUGGACAGCCGUGGGCGCGUGGGGACGAGGACGACGCCAUCGCCAGGGAGGCCUUCCAGAGCGUGAAGAUCCUGACGUACAGAGAGCCUCAGAACGGCGAGUACCGAGAGUUUGUGAGAAGCCUGAAGACGGACGCACACAACAUGUUCAACUACACCGUAGAGGACUCACUGAUGAACAUCAUCGCUGGAGGUUUUUACGACGGUUUGAUGCUCUACACGCACGCUCUGAACGAAACCAUGACGCUGUCCGGUGGCCGGCCUCCGGGGAAGGUUGUCAACGACAGGAUGUGGAAUCGAACCUUCCACGGUGAGUGGACGCUGAAACUUUUUCUUUGUCUUGUAAAAAGCUUAAGAGAUUUAUUUUGA